GCCAGAGACCCAGUUUCCGGUUCCGGCGGGCCGUGGUCCCUCCGCUCCAGAGCUACGUGUCCCAAACAAGCGAGGUGUCGGUGGGCAGACAGCAUCAUGGACCAGGUAAUGCAGUUCGUCGAGCCCAGCCGGCAGUUUGUGAAGGACUCAAUCCGGCUGGUGAAGAGGUGCACCAAACCCGAUAGAAAAGAGUUCCAGAAGAUUGCCAUGGCAACAGCAAUAGGAUUUGCUAUAAUGGGGUUCAUCGGCUUUUUUGUGAAAUUGAUCCAUAUCCCCAUUAAUAACAUCAUUGUGGGUGGCUGAAGACCUUCUUGGAGGAGGGUUUUCCUCUUGGGGACUGGUCAGCAAGAGGGGGUCUGAGAAGCUCGCGGAGUAAAGAAAUUACCUGCAUAUUUUGCGUUCUUUCAUUUUUCCCCUGAUGUUUUCUAUUUCUAAAUUAAAGUAAUUUCAAAAUAAACAAGCUGCUCUGUUUUCUGUCA